ACGCUCUGGGUGUCUGCUCCAAGGCCUGCGGCUUAGGUUCUUUCUGGUGGGGCUGCGCCCAUUGUUGGUGUAGCCGGAGUGAUUUGGUAUGGCCCCCUUAGAAGCUUCGUGACUGUGGGGAGCACCGAGCCAGAAGCGGACAAGGUCGGGGAGAGCUGUGGCUGAAGAAUGAGUAGCAGAAAAGGGAAAGUCAGGGGCCGAGUGGCCGGUCUGGCUUAGAAAUCCUGUAGACGGUGUAGGGACCUGUGAUCAGCGAGGCAGGACUGAGUUGGCGAAGGCUGAUGCCUCCAUUUUACAGCUCAGCAUUCUCAAUACACCACCCUUACCCAAAAGAAGAGCGCAAAGUAGAAAGGAAUGUUCACUAUUUAUCUCAUUGUCUGAUCCCAGAUUUCUUCUUCCUGGAAAACCUGAUGUUUGACCAGAUGGCAGUAACAUUUGAAGAUGUGACUGUUAUUUUCACUUGGGAGGAAUGGAAAUUUCUGGAUUUUUCUCAAAAAAAGCUCUACAGAGAAGUCAUGUGGGAGAACUACACAAAUGUCAUGUCAGUAGGAAACUGGAAAGAGAGCUACAAGCCCCCAAAAGAAAGAUUCAGAUAUUUAGAACAUGAAAAUCUUUGUUGCUGGCAAGGUUGGAGAAAUGCUAGCCCUCAGACAUAUGAGAACCAAAACUAUGUGGAAACGAUUCAAGGGAUAGAUUCUAAAGACCUAAAGCAGCAAGACCUUUUUCACUAUCAAGAAUGGUUAGUAUUUUCCACACAAGUACCAGGUUAUGGGAACUAUGAACUGACUUUUGAAGGCAAAAGUCCCAGGAAUUUAAAACAUACAAAGUUUAGACCUUGGCGAUCCUUAGAAACAAAACACCCUCAAGACAGUGGUAGAGAAAUCUAUGUGAGUGAUUCACAUGGUUUUCAAGGAAACAGAUACUCUAUUGGCAUAUCCAGGAAACAUCUCUCCACUGAAAAAGAACAGAAGCUCCUAGUUCAGCAUUCUUAUGUCCCAAAAGAGGAAAGUCUUCCAGAGUACAUUGAGGAGAUAUGCCAAAAUGACCUACUGAAAGAUUCUAUGGAAGUGAAAUACUGUGGAUGUAGUCAAUGUAAAGAGAUUUAUUACUGGAACUCAAAAUGUGUUUUCCACAAGAGAAAUCAACUUGGAGAAAAGUUUUGUCAGUGCUCCAUUAGCACAGAAUGUUUCUCUCAAGGAUCAGACCUGUACAGACAUCCAAGGAUCCACAUAGGUAAGAAGCUGUACAGAUGUGAUGAAGGUAACAAUAACUUUAGUCGGAGCAUAGGUGUUCAUUUGCAUCAGAAAGUCCACACAGGGAAGAUUCCUUAUAUAUGUAAUAUGUGUGGUAGGGCCUUCGGUCAGAUCUCUAGUCUUCACAAUCAUCAAAGAGUCCAUACAAAAGAGGAACUCUAUAAACUUGAGUGCGGAAAGGACCUCAGUAGAGAUUCGUUACUUCACUUUCACCAGAGACUUCACAUAGGAGAGAAGCCUUUUAAGUGCAAUCAGUGUGGCAAGGGUUUUAGUCGGAGUUCAGUACUUCAUGUUCAUCAGAGAGUCCACACAGGAGAGAAACCAUAUAAAUGUGAUGAAUGUGGUAAGGGUUUCAGUCAGAGCUCAAAUCUUCGAAUUCAUCAGUUAGUCCACACAGGAGAGAAGUCCUAUAAAUGUGAUGACUGUGGUAAGGGCUUUACCCAGCGCUCAAACCUUCAAAUUCAUCAGAGAGUGCAUACAGGAGAGAAGCCUUAUAAAUGUGACGACUGUGGAAAGGACUUUAGUCACAGCUCAGAUCUUCGCAUUCAUCAGAGGGUCCAUACAGGGGAAAAACCCUAUACUUGUCGUGAAUGUGGAAAGGGCUUCAGCAAAAGUUCAAAGCUUCACACUCAUCAAAGAGUACAUACUGGAGAGAAACCCUAUAAAUGUGAACAGUGUGGUAAGGGAUUUAGUCAGCGGUCACAUCUUCUCAUUCAUCAGAGAGUCCAUACAGGAGAAAAACCCUAUAAAUGUGAUGACUGUGGAAAGGGCUUUAGUCACAGCUCUAAUCUUCACAUUCAUCAAAGAGUCCACACAGGAGAGAAGCCUUAUCAAUGUGCUAAGUGUAGUAAGGGUUUCAGUCAUAGCUCAGCUCUUCGAAUUCAUCAAAAAGUUCACACAGGAGAGAAAUCCCAUAAAUGCCAUGAGUUUUAUAGGAGGUUUGAUCAGAAUUCACAUCUGUACAAUAAUCACAGAAAAAACUUGUAAUUCUGUUCAG